AUGGAGUCGUGGAUCGCAUUUGCGAUACUCGUCUUUCUGUUCGUAGCCGCCCGUGUAUAUGUUACUUCGCCGAACAAGAAACUACCUCCAGGACCACCGGGACUUCCACUCAUCGGCAACAUCCAUCAGUUAGAUAACAAGAGUCUGUGGGUGACGUUCAGGCAAUGGACCCACCAGUAUGGUCCGAUCUUGUAUUUGAACGUUGCUGGGCAGCCGACAGUCAUACUUGGAAACCACAAAACGGCGGCAGACCUCCUGGAUCGACGCGCAGCGAUAUACUCGGAUCGCCCACGCUGGAUUGUCCUUGAAAUACUGACAGGUGGACUUGUGUUCGCUUUCUGCCGGCAGAACGACAUCUGGAAGCGCAUGCGGCGUUCAUCCCACGAGGCGCUGAACCCACAGAUCGCGCGACAGUACUUCAUGUUUCAGGAAAGAGAGGCGACGUUGUUGAUCGACCAACUGCGCAAGCAGCCAGCUCUCUAUGAAGAACACUUGGACCGUGCUGGUGCAUCGCUUGCCUUGUCUACAAUCUACGGUCUCCCCACCGUCACCGAUUCUCAUGACGCACGAAUUGUGCGUGUCGACGAGUUCACGCAGAGAUUUUUGAAGGCCGCCAUGCCAGGUACCUACCUCGUUGAAUACUUUACUUGGAUGUCGCACUUGCCGCGAUGGAUGUCGCCGUGGAGGAAGUACGCAGAGGAUUGGUUCAAACGCGACUCUGUUUGGUUUGAAAGUCUCUUCACAGACGUGAUCAAACGUCUGGAAGACGGCACCCAGCCACCGUGCGUCGCAUCCACGCUCUUGGAGGAACAAGAUAAGAAGAGCUUCUCUGGAGUACGAGAGGCAGCUUGGAUGUGCGCAACGCUUUAUAUAGGAAGUGCGGAAACCGCCCGCGAUAUCCGCAAUAAGACAUCCGGCCAGAUGAUGUGGUUCGUCCUGGCGAUGACUCUGUAUCCCGAGGUACAGCGAAAGGCCCAGGAAGAGAUCGACCGUGUAGUCGGGCGAGAUAGGACACCGACGUUCAAGGAUUUCGACGCGCUAACGUACAUCAGGGCCAUAGUGAAGGAGACGCUGAGAUGGAGACCUGUAGGCCCUAUCGGAAUUCCCCAUCGACUAGUACAAGACGAUUGGUACGAAGGAUAUUUUCUGCCCAAAGGUACGAUAUGCAUGGCCAAUAUAUGGGGUCUGAACCUCGAUUCGACUAUAUAUGGCCCUGACGUUGAGAGUUUCAAUCCCGAACGAUUCCUCGAUGCGGAUGGCAACCUAAAGCAUAGCUCUGGAGAAAUCAAGGAAGAAGGACAUGUUACUUACGGGUUUGGGCAGAGGGCAUGCGCUGGCAGAUACGUCGCCAACAAUAGCCUAUUCAUCCAAAUCGCGACCAUACUGUGGGCUUACAACGUUCGCCUCUCGAAGGACUCAAAGACCCCCGAUCCCGCUGUAGUGACAGACAGAGGGCUUGGAGUGCGUCCUGAGCCUUUCCUUUGUGACUUCGAACCUAGGGCACCUGAGGUGCUCGACAUCAUCGCAGAAACGAAAGACCGCUACGAAUUGCCUGUGUAA